UGUUAGACGUCUUUUUAUGAUAAGCGUAAGUGACUGCUAAAAUCUUUAUAAAAGGGAUAUCGUAGUUGCGAGUAUCUAACAGUUGAAAUCUGACUUUAAAAAGUAAGCUACUACCAGAAUGCCUUACAUCCCAGCAAACUCCUACGAUGGAGACCAGAAUAUUUGGAGUGGUGAGCAGGUCACUAAUUACUUUGACCCACAUCUGUCAAUUGGACAGAUCAUUUUCCAAGAGAUGCGGCGACACCCUCAGCUAAUAGCUCAGAUUUCGGCUACGGAGGAUUCGGUCCUGACCAGAAGGGAACUCCAUGCCAAUGCCAUGCGUGUGGCCAGCUAUAUGCGAAAGGAGGGACUUGUUCAAUCCGAUGUGGUGGGAAUUAUUGGAAGGAACACCACACACAUGCCUGCUGUGGCCUAUGCCUGCUUCUUCAAUGGAAUUGCCUUCCAUUCGCUCAACAUUACCUACGACCAGAAUACCAUUGAAAAGAUCUACAACAUAACUAAGCCUAGGAUUAUUUUCUGCGAUGGAGAUGAGUUCGCGAAGGUUCGAGCUGCCACCUCUCAACUGGAUGUAAAGAUUGUCACCAUGCGCAAUCAUCCAUCGGAUUCCAUACGGAUCGAUGAAGUUCUGGCCACUGACAUUGAGGAAAACUUCCAGCCAGCCCAUCUGGAACAGGGCAACGACCAGACUAUGGCCAUUCUCUGCUCAUCGGGAACCACAGGAACUCCAAAGGCUGUAACUAUUACCAAUAGUCGGCAAAUUCUCGCAGGAAACAAUCAUCUGACCACCGCUGAUAUUCAGUACUCCCACAACACCCUGGACUGGAUUACUGGGCUCCUUACCACCAUAACCUCCGGAGUAUUUAGCACCACCCGAAUUAUUGCAGAUAAUGCUUUCGAUCCUGCUUUUGCCAUGAGACUCAUCGAGCAGUACAAGGUUACGUGGAUUAUACAGCCGCCCUCCUGUAUGGCCAUGAUGAUUAAUAGUCCUGAGUUUGAGACCUCCGAUCUCUCCAGCCUUCGAACCUACAUGUUCGGUGGAUCCCGUGCUGCUGUGGAGUUACAGCAAAGUAUUCGGAACCGUCUCAGUAUUGAUUGUCUGCAGUUUGGCUAUGGAUUUACGGAACUGGGCGCCAUGGCCACCGUAAACUUCCACUUUGAUGAGAAACCAGGUUCAGUGGGUCGUGUGCUGAACGGGUUAAGGCUAAAGAUAAUCAAUAAUGAGGGCGUAUCUCUUGGUCCUGACGAAGUCGGAGAGAUUUGCAUCAUGAAUAAUCAGCACUGGUCGGGAUAUUAUGGAAACGAGGCGGAGUCCCGCUCCAUCCGUGAUCCACAGCGAUGGUAUCACUCUGGGGAUCUGGGGUACAUGGAUCGAGAUGGAUUCCUGUACAUAGUGGACCGCAAAAAGGAGAUGCUGAAGUACCAGAACAUAAUGUACUAUCCCAGUGAUAUUGAAUGUAUCAUUUCCGAGAUGCCCGAAGUGGCCGACGUUUGCGUCUUUGGAGUGUGGAGUAACAUUUAUGGCGACGAAGCAGCCGCUGCUGUGGUGAAGAAGAUGGGCAGUGAACUGAAGGCCGAGAAUGUUGUGGAUUAUGUGAGCAGCCGGACGGAUUCCAAGUACAAGCAGUUGAACGGAGGAGCCAUCAUUGUGGAGGAUCUGAAGCGCAGUGCCAAUGGGAAAACCAAUCGAAUGGCCAACAAAGCUCACUUUUUGCAUGUCUCGAUGAGAAGCUAAAAUAUUUUGAUUUAUUGUAAAAAAUUAAAAAU